UACUCCCACUUCACUUGUUUUCUUCACCCAACUCAUUCUUACUUCUUUUCCUUCACCGUUUCUGCUCUCACUCUGUCUACUCUGUUCCUUUUACUACUUCAUUACCCAACCAAUUAAUCAGACAUGGAAUUACUCAGCCUCAACUCCAUGUUUUGCAUGUUUGCUGCUUCUGCUCUCAUCUUCUUCUUCUCUCCCAUCAUCAAGCUCUUCCUCAUUUCCGCUCGCCGCAAAAUCCCACUUCCUCCUGGUUCCCUCGGUUGGCCUUAUAUCGGCGAGACCUUCCAGCUCUACUCUCAAAACCCAAAUGUCUUCUUCGCCUCCAAAAUCAAGAGGUUCGGCUCAAUCUUCAAGACCCACAUCUUGGGAUGUCCUUGCGUGAUGAUUUCUAGUCCGGCAGCUGCCAAAUUCGUGCUCUUGACGAAAGCCCAUCUGUUCAAGCCUACUUUUCCGGCGAGUAAAGAAAGGAUGCUGGGAAAACAAGCCAUAUUUUUCCACCAAGGAGACUACCACGCCAAGUUGAGGAAGCUUGUUCUCCGAGCCUUCAUGCCGGCAGCCCUAAAAAACAAAGUCGAAGACAUUGAAUCCCUCGCCAAGGACUCCCUUCAGUCCUGGGAAGGCCGGUCGAUCAACACUUACCAAGAAAUGAAGACGUUCACGUUCAAUGUCGCACUGCUUUCUAUCUUUGGCAAAGAUGAGAUUCUGUACAGAGAGGAUCUCAAGAGGUGCUACUACAUUCUCGAGAAGGGUUACAAUUCAAUGCCCAUUAAUAUUCCUGGAACACUCUUCCACAAGUCCAUGAAAGCCAGGAAGGAGCUGGCUCAGAUCUUGGCCAAAAUCAUCUCAACCAGGAGAGAAAGCAAGCUCGAGGACUAUAACGACCUUCUCGAGUCCUUCAUGGGCAACAAAGAAGGGCUCACCGACGAGCAAAUCGCCGACAACGUCAUCGGCGUCAUCUUCGCCGCCCGCGACACGACGGCGAGCGUUUUGACUUGGAUUAUGAAGUAUCUCGGCGAAAACCAGAGUGUUCUUGAAGCUGUCACGGAAGAGCAAGAAGCAAUUAUGAGGCUUAAAGAAGAGAGUGGCGAAGACAAGGUUCUGAAUUGGGAAGAUACCAAGAAGAUGCCCAUUACUUCGAGGGUUCUUCAGGAGACACUGCGAGUUGCUUCCAUCUUAUCUUUUACAUUUAGGGAAGCUGUCGAAGAUGUUGAGUACGAAGGUUAUCUGAUACCAAAAGGGUGGAAAAUUUUACCACUGUUCAGAAACAUUCACCACAGCCCGGAGAUCUUUCCGGAGCCUGAGAAGUUUGAUCCCACAAGAUUUGAGGUAGCUCCAAAACCCAAUACAUACAUGCCAUUCGGCAGUGGGAACCACUCAUGUCCUGGGAAUGAAUUGGCCAAGCUGGAGAUUUUGGUCAUUCUACACCAUCUCACAACAAAGUACAGGUGGUCUAUUGUUGGUGCAGACAAUGGCAUACAGUAUGGCCCUUUUGCUCUUCCCCAAAAUGGGCUGCCCAUCAUAUUAUCUUCCAAGGAAUGAGAUUUCCCGAUAUAUAUAUAACUCCGAAUUCCACACCCCAAAGCUUCAACUGCUUUCUAUAUAUAGUUAUUAUAUAAAGAGAGAGAUAUAAAGAAAAGAGGAUUGGUUUCUUGCCUAUUAAGGACAGUGAAGAAAUGAGAGCUCCAAGAAACAAUGAGCUGAAGAAAGCUAGGGAUUCAUUUAUCAUUUCUUUUUGGCCGAACUGAGACGGCUGAAGAUAGCCGGUAUAUCAUGAUGUACAUAACUGAAAAGUGUUCUUGAUAUCAAAACAUGAUAUAUGCAAACGGUAUAUCAUGUUUCCUUUUUUUUUUUCUUUUUUUUCUUUUUCUUUUGAGAUGAUACCGAAGAGAAUUGUACAUACUAAUUUCACAAAAUUUUUAUUUCCUUUAUCAAAUAAAUGUAAAGAGCUGCAAGGCUGAAGUUAUGAUUCAAUGGAGUAAAUCGAGUUUUGUUAAAUUU